AUGAAAAAUGAAAAUAAAGAAAUCAUUGUACACAACUUUGCCUGUUUUAAAAAUUUGAGACUUAAGAAUUAAUUACUCAUACUUAUAAGUUUCUUGAUUAUUUUGAUUGUUACUAUUCUUGUAUGUAGUAAUUAUAUUCAUACAACCUUUGUCCAAUUCUAUUUUACAUAAUCCUCUGUAGAAAUUUACACUAAGUUUUCUAGUGCAUUUAUCUAAACUCAACUCUCUAGCUAUUAAAGGUAUUUCACUUCUUUACUAGAUACGAGUAAUUUAUUAAUAUCUAAUAAUAGAUGGUUAAACCCUAAUCUCAUUAUUUUAGUUAUAUGAUUAUCUAAGGAAAAAGAACAAGAAUCAAAUAUCACCUUUAAAUCCUUAAUUCAAUAUGAAUUAUGGUGGUAAACAUGUAGAUAUUCCUAAAACUAUAUUCUAAUCAACUAAAAUAUCAAAUUACAAUUCCACCUUAUCCUUUAUUUGUUACACUAAUAAAACGAAGUUUCACAAUCCCUAUACAGAAGAAGAAAUAUUGAAUAUAAAAACUUAGGAGUAAUUAUAAGCAUUUGGUCCUAUUCUUUACAAAGGUAAUACAACCUUUUAAUCAUUACUCUCUGCUUAUGUAAAAAGAGAUAAUAUAUUAAUGACAUAUCCUUGUUUACAAAGAUAUGAUAUUGAUAAUUAUAUUCCUGAAAACAGGAGUUGGUACAAAGAACUUUAUCAAAAUUAUAAGAGUCAUAGUCCUUACAAUCAAUACAAUUUUUCAUUAACUUAUCCAUAUUUAUGUAUAUUAAUUAUUUCGUCCGUUAGUAUUCAAAUCAGUUAACAUUGGAUUAUCUUUGACUAUGCCAUUUGUCGAUGAGUAAUUAGAAUUAAUUGGAGGAGCAUCUUUUGAUUUGAUUCCUGCCAGACUUUUUGCAAAUCUAAUUUAAUAAUUUGGCUAAGAUUUCACAUCUAUAUAUCUGGUUUCUUUAGAUGGAAUAUUGAUUAUGCAUCCUUACAAUAUAACAUCUGAAUAAUUACCUUUAUAUUUUUAUAAUACUACUAUUACUGGAUUUACAGUAGAAGAUUGGGAAAGUUUAAAUAGUGUUAACAUCAGUUCUAAAUGUAAAAACUCUACUACUUAAAAAGAAUUAAAUUGCUUAUUUAAUUCAUUCUAUAAUUAAGAUAUGUUUGUUAGCAUGUAAACUAUUAAAUCAUAUAAUAUUUCAAUUGUUGUGUAAAAUCUUUAUUUUAAAUUAAAGUUUAAUUAGUAGUUAAGAAUUUAACAAAUUCUAAGAAGAAUAUAAUGAUAAUCUAUUAAUGUAACUAAUUAGAAAAUUCUAUCUAACUUUGAUUGAAUUAAUAGGUGUAUUUUUAUUUUUGUGUCUUUUAAUAUAUUUUACAACAAAUUAUUUGUUUCGACCUAUAGAGACAAUAAUAGAUUAUGCAAUUAGUAAGAUCUAAAAGAGAAGGUAAUUAUAUUGAUUAUUUUAGUUAUUAACCAAAGAUGAUAUCGAGUUUACUUUAAUAAUUUUUAAGUGUUCAAAUAGUUUAACUAUAUUAAUCAUGUUAUUAAUUUCACAAAUUAUUGGAAAGUUUAUCUUUUACUAAAUCAAAGUAAUGUGAAGAAAUUGAAAAUUUGUAAUAUCCAAUUAUGAAAGAUAUAUAUUCAUUAGGAGACUAUAUUAAUUUUAGAAAGAUUAAGUAUUUUUAGGAUUAAAUAUAUAUUUAGAUGUUAUUCAAAGAAAAAAUGUGAAUAAAGUUUGGAACACUUUUUGAUGAUUAAGAAUAUUAUUCGAUCAACUCUUAAAAUAACAAUAAAUAAUGAAUGA